AAGUAUGACUGCUUCUUAAUUUCUUCAUUAACUCAUUCUUACCUUGAAACCAUCCCUCAGCUCUUUGUGAUUUGAACGAACCUCAUACUUCUGGUGGACCUUUGUGACCUUUGAGGUGAGUUUGGAUUACUUGUAGGAUAUGGGGAGGACGAUUCGUAUUCCUCGGUUCCCUUCUUAUGUAACUGCGGAAGAAGUUAAGGAAUUUCUAGAGGGUUUUACUGGCAAAGAAACUGUUUAUGCAGUAAAAAUCAGGCCACACAAGAAUCAAAAUCCAGAUAAGGAGGCAUAUGCUUUUGCUAUUGUGCAAUUUACAACUUCUAAGAGUGCGGCUGAACUACUAGUGUACUUGGCCAAUAAGUGCCUAUAUUAUGGGAAUUUUUACCUGAAGGCUUCGUAUGCGGAUCAUGAUAUAGUAUCCAAGCCAAGUCCCUCGAUUCUUACUUUGGAGAAUACGAGACUGCAUUUUGGCUGUCAAGUUUCGGGUGAAAAAUUCUGUGUUCUCUAUACAGGGCAGGAUGUUGUGGUGAAAUUUGGUUUUGAUCUGCGGAAAAUAUACUUCUUCCUGUCUUAUGAUGGUGUAGAAUAUAAGCUUGAACUCUCUUAUGAAGACAUCUGGCAAAUCCAGCUUCGUAAUCCACAUGGUCAAUACAGAUACAAGUUUCUCUUAAUUCAGGUGCUUGGUGUUCCUCGGAUCUAUGAAAAACCUCUACUUUCUUCAGGGCUUAUGUUUGAAGAUCCCAAUAAUUCAAACUAUUUCAAGGAUGCUUCAGAUCAUCAGUGGGAUAGAGCAACAGAUUUCACUCACUCAUGCUGUAUUGGACAAUCUUCUGCCAUGUGCUUAAGGAUUCCAUACAGAUGUGCACUUCCAGAUUUCAAAAAACAUUUUGUCUACUAUAAAAAAGAUAAAGGUCAGUUUAUCUUGGAGAGUGGAUCAGCGUUCUCCAAUAAUUUGGAUCUAGUCCCCAUUGUUGGGCCUCCUGAUGUUCUUGAAUUGAAGAGAUUUCCAUAUGGAAUCCUGUUUAAGGUGUGUUCCUUGGUUCAGAAUGGGUGCCUUGCUGGGCCAACACUUGAUGCUAAUUUCUUCAAGUUAGUUCAUCCUGCUUUCAUUCCAGCUAACCACAUAGAACGUGCCUUGGAGAAGCUGUAUCAUUUAAAAGAAUGCUGCUAUGAACCUGUUGGGUGGCUCCAUGAACAAUAUCGAAGAUACCGCAGAUCCAAUCGUACUCCCAUUUCCCCUACUAUUUCCUUGGAUGCUGGCUUGGUUUAUGUUCGCAGGGUUCAAAUAACCCCUAGUAAAGUGUACUUCUGUGGUCCGGAAGUUAAUGUUUCAAAUCGUGUGCUACGCAAUUACUCUAAGUACAUUGAUAAUUUUAUUCGUGUCUCUUUUGUUGAUGAGAAUUUGGAUAACCUGUAUUCAAUAGAUUUAUCUCCACGAACAUCUACUUGCAGCGAAGGAAGGCGUACUGGAAUUUACAAAAGGAUACUUUCUACAUUAAGAAAUGGCAUAGUUAUUGGAGAAAAAAGGUUUGAUUUUCUUGCCUUCUCACCAAGUCAAUUGCGUGAUAAUUCUGCAUGGAUGUUUGCGAAAACAGAUGAUGGACUUACGGCAGCAGGGAUCAGAAAAUGGAUGGGUGAUUUUCAUGAAAUAAGAAAUGUGGCAAAAUAUGCUGCUAGAUUGGGUCAAUCUUUCAGCUCUUCCACAGAAACUCUUACUGUUUAUGCGCAUGACGUUGAAAUUAUCCGUGAUAUAGAGCGCAGGAAGUAUAAUUUCUCGGAUGGUAUUGGCAAAAUUUCUGCUCAUUUUGCACGGAGAGUUGCAAAAAGGUGUGGCUUAGAAGGUUCUACUCCAUCUGCCUUUCAAAUAAGAUAUGGUGGCUUCAAGGGUGUUGUGGCUGUAGACCCUACAUCAACAAUGAAAUUAUCUUUAAGAAAGAGCAUGUGCAAGUAUAAAUCACAGAACAAGAAACUAGAUGUUCUGGCAUGGAGCAAGUAUCAGCCUUGUUUCCUCAAUCGUCAGAUAAUCACUCUUUUGUCAACACUUGGAGUGAAAGACUAUAUGUUCCUAGAAAAGCAAAGGCAGGCUGUGAUCAAACUGGAUGCUAUUCUAACCGAUUCAUCCAGGGCAUAUGAAGCUCUUGAGCUGAUGUCUCCUGGUGAAAACAGUAAUGUUUUCAAGGAAAUGUUGAUGUGUGGCUAUGAGCCUAAUACCGAACCAUUCCUUUCAAUGAUGCUACAAGCAUUCCGGGCAGCAAAGCUUCAAGAACUGCGAAAAAAGUCAAGGAUAUUUGUUCCAAAUGGAAGAUCAUUAAUGGGAUGUCUGGAUGAAACUCGAACCUUGGAAUAUGGGCAAGUAUUUAUCAAAGUUUCUGGCAUUGGGCGUAAACAAUUUCAUUAUUCUUCCCAUUUCAUGUUUCACAGAAAUGGAUCGUACUGGCAAAAAGAUAUUGUUGAGGGAAAGGUAAUUGUUGCUAAAAACCCAUGCUUGCAUCCUGGUGAUGUGCGUGUUUUGGAUGCCAUUGAUGUCCCAGAAUUGUACCACAUGGUGGAUUGCAUUGUUUUCCCACAAAAAGGAGUAAGACCACACCCAAAUGAAUGCUCAGGGAGUGAUUUAGAUGGAGAUUUAUAUUUCGUAAGUUGGGAUCCUGCACUUAUUCCUCCUCGUCAAAGUAAACCAAUGGAGUAUGAUCCAGCAGCAACUAAAACCUUGGACCAUGAUGUUACGAUUGAGGAAGUUGAGCAGUACUUCACAGACUACAUUGUGAAUGAAAGCCUUGGAAUCAUUUCAAAUGCUCACUUAGUAUUUGCUGACAAGGAACCAAAAAUGGCAGAAAGCGAUAACUGUAUUGAACUUGCAAAGCUCUCCUCAAUUGCUGUCGAUUUCCCAAAGACUGGUGUCACAGCGGAAAUUCCAGCUUAUCUUCGUGCCAAUGAAUAUCCAGAUUUCAUGGAAAAGCUUGACAAACCAACCUAUGAAUCAAAAAGAGUGAUUGGAAAACUCUUCAGAGAGAUAAAAGACAAAGCAUCACACACAUCCUUUACAAAAUUCACUCAAGAGAUGGCAAGGAGAUCUUACGACCCCGAAAUGGAAGUUGAUGGCUUUGAGGAUUACAUCGAUGAUGCUUGCUAUUACAAAGGUGAGUACGAUUCUAAGCUGGGAAACCUGAUGGAUUAUUAUGGGAUCAACACCGAGGCAGAGAUCCUCAGUGGGAAUAUCAUGAAGAUGGCAAAAUCAUUCACAAAGAAACGGGAUGCCGAGGCAAUUGGAUUGGCAGUUAGGUCUUUAAAAAAGGAGGCCAGGAAAUGGUUUGAUGAGGGAUUUGGGACAGAUCCAUCUCCUGAUGAGGUGUAUGCAAAGGCAUCAGCUUGGUAUCAUGUAACAUAUCAUUUUAAUUAUUGGGGAUGCUACAAUGAAGGUAUGAAUCGCGAUCAUUUCCUGAGUUUUCCAUGGUGCAUUUAUGACAAACUGAUAAAGAUCAAGAAGGCCAGUAUCAGGAAGCGUGUGGUUUUGAGUAGUCGAGUUGGCAAGGGACUUUCGCCUCAGAAAGUGUGUGGUUCUGAUUUUGAAUGGUCUCUUAAUUUAUCUUUGCUUGAACACCAAUUUGAAGAUGAUUUCAUGCUCAUUUGAAAAGGAGGGUUCCCUCAAUAAUAUUUCUGAUAUGUUGCUUAUGUUAUUAUAUGUUUGGAUUGUAUAAAAAGCUAGGGCUUGAUGGAACUCCUGAAUGUGAUGUAAACCAAACUAUUGAAUAUGGCUUUUGUAGUUGCUGAUACUUAUAUUAAUGUUUGAAUGCCACCAUUUCUGUGAAUAUUGGCUAUUAGAAAAGGAAA